AUGGGCGUUGACGACGACGAAGAACCCUAUCCUAGUCGUUCGACUCUGGGAUAUUUACAGCAAAAGGGAUCCAAGGGGAAAUCGUCGUUAACGCGCUCAUCCAAGAUUAAAUUGAACUUGUACAAGGAUUUAGAUCGGCUCGAACAAUCACUCGAUGCAGACUUUGAAAAGCACCUUGCUGAUGCACGUGCGGCUUCGCUCAACCACGAUUCCUUGACCAACGGAAAGGAUCAAUACUAUAACGUCAACGAAGAGGAGGAAAGAUCCAGGAACAUGAAGCACGGCUUUGACGACGAUGGCCUUUAUCGUGAGGACGAUGAGUACAACGGUAGCGAAGGAACAGGGUCGAUUCUCCGUGGACUGGAGCAAGUGCCCUUUGUUGGCGACAUACUUCCACCAUUUGGAUCCCGUCCGAGUAGUGCACAAGGAGGGUUAUCUGAUGCAUCUAUUCAUCCGGAUAAAGAUAUACUGGGUGACAUAUUGACAAGAUCCCAGCAUGGAAUGUCCGGCGGCAAUAGCAGCAGCAGAUACGGAAACGGUGGCGGCAGUAGUGAUGGUAGCAAUGGCAAAAAGCCUGCCUGGAUUCCGAAUCAAGAUCUCGUCGACGAAAAAUACAGCGUUACUCCUUUGAUCAAUCCAGCCAUCACUUCAAAUCGGCGUCGUCAGAGAGAACAACGCUUGGGAACAUCGUCAUCACCACCUCCACGCACCAUGUCACCUGGCCAGUAUUUUGCUGCACGAUCCCUCCCACUGGAUUCAUUCGACGAAAUAUGGGACAACACCAAUCUUGAAAUUGAUCAUAAAACUAGUACUAAAAACGAUAGUAACAAUAAGAAAAAGGUGCGCUCAACAGUAGCCUUGUCGAUAAAAAGUAGCCGAAAAAAUAGUAAAACAUACGAUAAUGAUGACUUGCUUCUGCAAAGCUUUAAACUGCUUCCACAUUCAUUAUCACACAAUUACAAAGUUCAUCCUGUAAAUAAUGAUCCCUAUCCAUCAUCACAACAAAAGUGCACAUCUACCAUCACUACUACUGCAGCAGCACGAAAACAGCUACACCAGCGCCAAUCACCUGAUGAGUCAAUCAUUCGACAAAGCACUAAAUCCAAAAAUGUGUCAUCAUCUAAUAACCCCAACGGCAACAACGAAUACGUAUCAAUUCCUGUAAUUCGACAAGACCACAAAAGUGACCAUACCACCAACACUGGCGUCGUUUCUGGUACUGUUCGAUUACGUCGUAUUCGUGCAGUGGACCGAUCCGAUACUGACAUUGAGGAAGAAUCUAAUCAAUACUCAUUAUCUCAACGUCAAGAUACAAGCGUUGCCGCAUCCGGCGGAUGUACGUUUGAGCCCGACCGCCUCGUUUUGCAAUGCAAGCUCCUUGUGGAUAAUGUACAACUUGGCAGUUCGCAGUUACGGAUAUCGAGUAACUCCACACAUCGAGUCAAGACCUAUUCACUCUUCUCCGCCAGAGGGAAGUUGAAGUUUUUCCAAAGACAAGGCGUACUGCCUGCUGGCGGGCAUGUGGAUGUCAUCGUACGAUUACGAAGAAGCGCAGUGGCAAGCAGACGUCGUUUUAAAGAUGUCCUCGACUAUAAUUUCGAAACAAUAUUGAUAUUGAUUGAUGGAAAACAUGCGCAACAAGUGGAUGUGGAUAUGGAAAUUAUAGACGAACGACGGAUUAUACAAGAACAAGAUAAUCAGAAGCAUAGUGUAUCGCCAUCAUUUGAUAUCCCGCAUUAUUCCCCAUCACUACCCCAUGCCCCUGCAUCAAUCCAUAACGACGGCGACGACGACGGCGACGACGGUAGCCAUCUCGAGGAGCCUAUUACUCCGCUUACCAAAUGUCCACUUUGCGUAAUCGAGAAGCAAUGCUGCUAG